AUGGCGGGUGCGGGGGGCGCGGGGGGCGCGGGAGGAGCGGCCCCGGUGCCUCUGCCCCCCUGGUACCACCGGGACCUGAGCCGGGCGGCGGCCGAGGAGCAGCUGGCGCGGGCCGGGCGGGACGGCAGCUUCCUGGUGCGGGACAGCGAGAGCGUGGCGGGGGCCUACGCGCUCUGCCUGCUGUUCCAGAAACACGUGCACACCUACCGCAUCCUGCCGGACGAGGAGGAUUUCCUGGCUGUGCAGACGUCACAGGGGGUGCAGGUGCGGCGCUUCAAGACGCUCAGCGAGCUGAUUGCCCUGUACCUGCAGCCCAACCAGGGGCUGGUCUGCACCCUGCUCUUCCCUGUCGAGAGGGAGAAAGAGAAGGAGACCGUGGAGGACAGGGACUACUCGGAUGGAGAGGAUGAGAAGCCGCCGUUGCCACCACGCUCCGGCUCUACCAGUUUCUCUGGAACCUCAGUGGGGCUCAGCCCCACUAGCCUGGGACCAUCUGUGCCAGAGGGGCCAGUGGAGAGCACCAAUGGGCUCAGCAGUAUCUCCCAUGAGUACCUGAAGGGCAGCUACGCCCUGGACCUGGAGGCAGUGAAGGGAGGGGCCAACAGCCUCCCCCACCUCAACAAGACCCUCGUCACCUCCUGCAAACGGCUGCACAGUGAGGUGGACAAGGUGCUGGCAGGGCUGGAGAUCCUCUCCAAGGUGUUUGACCAGCAGAGCUCCUCCACGGUCUCCAAGAUCCUGCAGCAGACUGCAGGGCAGAGCGGAGAGCAGGAGCUGGAGAACCUGGUGCUGAAACUCUCUGUGCUGAAAGAUUUCCUGUCCUCCAUCGAGAAGAAGGCACUGAAGGCCCUGCAGGAGAUGAGCUCGGCCACCCCCGCCACCCCUCCUCAACCCCUCUCCCGCAAGGCCAAGAGCAUCCCAGUGCAGACCUUCGAGGUGAAGCUGGAUAUCACCCUGGGGGACCUGACCAAGAUUGGGAAGUCACAGAAGUACACACUGAGUGUGGAUGUGGAGGGGGGUAAACUAGUGGUGCUGAAGAAGCAGAAGGACUCCCAGGAGGACUGGAACACCUUCACCCAUGACAAGAUCCGGCAACUGAUCAAGUCACAGCGGGUGCAGAACAAGCUGGGCAUCGUUUUUGAGAAGGAAAAGGAUAAAACGCAACGGAAAGACUUUGUUUUUGUCAGUGCCAGGAAGCGUGAGGCCUUCUGCCAGCUCCUACAGCUGAUGAAGAACAAGCAUUCUCACCAGGAUGAGCCUGACAUGAUCUCCGUCUUCAUUGGCACCUGGAACAUGGGCAGUGUUCCUCCCCCCAAGAACAUCACUUCUUGGAUCACCUCCAAGGGGUUGGGCAAGACCCUGGAUGAGGUGACGAUGGCCAUACCACAUGACAUCUACGUCUUCGGCACCCAGGAGAAUUCUCUGGGAGACAAGGAGUGGGUGGACUUCCUGCGCACUGUCCUCAAGGACUUCACAGAGGUUGAGUACCGCCCGGUGGCCAUGCAGUCCCUGUGGAACAUCAAGGUGGUGGUGCUGGUGAAGCCAGAGCACGAGAACCGCAUCAGCCACGUCAGCACCUCCAGCGUCAAGACAGGGAUCGCCAACACCCUGGGGAACAAGGGCGCUGUGGGUGUCUCUUUCAUGUUCAAUGGCACCUCCUUUGGCUUUGUCAACUGCCACCUCACCUCUGGCAAUGAGAAGACAGCACGGAGGAACCAGAACUACCUGGACAUCCUGCGCCUGCUCUCACUGGGGGAUAAGCAGCUGAGCUCCUUUGACAUCUCCCUUCGCUUCACCCACCUCUUCUGGUUCGGGGACCUCAAUUACCGCCUAGACAUGGACAUCCAGGAGAUCCUCAACUACAUCAGCCGCAAGGAGCUGGAGCCACUGCUGAAGGUGGAUCAGCUCAAUCUGGAGAAGGAGAAGCACAAGGUGUUCCUGCGCUUCGGUGAGGAGGAGAUCACCUUCCCCCCAACCUACCGCUAUGAGCGGGGCUCACGGGACACCUAUGUCUGGCACAAGCAGAAGCCCACAGGGGUGCGUACCAAUGUGCCAUCCUGGUGCGACCGCAUCCUCUGGAAGUCCUACCCCGAGACUCACGUCAACUGCAACGCUUAUGGGUGCACAGAUGACAUUGUCACCAGUGAUCACUCACCUGUCUUCGGCUCCUUCGAAGUGGGAGUGACAUCGCAGUUCGUUUCCAAAAAAGGGCUCUCCAAGUCCUCAGAGCAGGCAUACAUCGAGUUUGAGAGCAUAGAGGCCAUCGUGAAGACUUCCAGUCGCACCAAGUUUUUCAUCGAGUUCUAUUCUACCUGCCUGGAAGAGUUCAAGAAGAGCUUCGAGAACGACAGCCAGAGCAGUGACAACAUCAACUUCCUCAAGGUGCAGUGGUCAUCCCGGCAGCUGCCCACGCUGAAGCCCAUCCUCUCCGAGAUUGAGUACCUGCAGGACCAGCACCUCUUGCUCACGGUCAAAUCCCUUGAUGGUUAUGAGUCCUAUGGGGAGUGUGUCAUUGCCCUGAAGUCGAUGAUUGGCAGCACAGCGCAGCAGUUCCUCACCUACCUGUCCCACCGUGGUGAGGAGACCGGCAACAUCCGCGGCUCCAUGAAGGUCCGGGUGCCCACGGAGCGCCUGGGCACCCGCGAGAGGCUCUAUGAGUGGAUCAGCGUCGAUAAGGAUGAGGCGACAGCCAGCAAAGGGAAGGUGCCGCUAGGUGCCAGGGCCACCCAGGACAAUGCCAAGUCUGUGGGGAGGAAGCCCGCCAGUGCUGAGCCCCCCACCACCAUCCUGGCCAAGCUCCCGGAGGAGCCUGAGAAGAGCAGCACCACAGCAGCAUCGCGUCCCCCUGCCCCACACCGCAGCACCCCCAGGGAUGAGGCCGCCCCGAGCCGGUCCAAGGCAGAGGCAAUGCCAGAGCUGUCAGGGGGUCCCCUGAAGAACAGCUUCAACAACCCAGCGUACUACGUGCUGGAGGGUGUCCCCCACCAGCUGCUGGUGCCAGGGGACCCUGGCAAGCCCCCCAAGGCCAAGGUGCAGCUGGCAGUGCCGGAGCGCUGCCAGUGCCCCUCGGCAUGCUGCGGUGGUGAGAGCGAUGAGGAAGAGGAGCUCGGCACCCUCAACCUGCCACCGCCGGAUUUUCCCCCGCCGCCGCUGCCACGGGAGCUGGAGCUCCCCCCAAGCACCUUCUUUGGCACCCCCAAGGAGCUGCCGGUGUCCACCGGGUGUGAGGACCCAAAAUCCCACCCUGCUGCCUUCGGAGAGGCUCCCCUGCCCAAGCUGCACCCCCGGCCACCCCCAGCCGCCAGGGCUGGAUUUGGGAUGGAGGGGGCUGGUGGGACGCCUGUUACCGGGGCGCUCCCUGCAGUUGGGGGGCUGCCCCCUCCAGGGGGCCUGCCAGGAGGGCUGCUGGAUGACCGCUCCUGCUCGGUGCUGCAGAUGGCCAAGACGCUGAGUGAGGUGGACUACGGGGGUGGGAAGGGGAGGGUGGUCCCCCCACCACCACUGCUGGCCAAGGGGGGGCUGCCUCCCCGCUGCCUGCACCCCGACUAUGGCCGCCCCCUUGCCUUCCCUCCCCACUCCAUCCAGGAGAGCAUCCAGGAGGACCUGGCUGAGGAGGUGAGUGAUACAGGGUGGGCAGGGGUCAUCAGCACCUCAGUUGGGGCUCCCUUUGGGGUGCCCCUUGGUGCUGAGGCUGUUGUGCAGGCGCUGGGCCGUGGUGCGGGCGCCGUGCCCGGCGUGGGCGAGUGGCUGCGGGCACUGGGGCUGGAGCGGUACGAGGAGGGGCUGGUGCGCAAUGGCUGGGAUGACCUGGAGUUCCUCAGUGACAUCACAGAGGAGGAUCUGGAGGAGGCUGGGGUGUUGGACCCUGGCCACAAGCGCAUCCUUCUGGAGAGUCUCCAGCUGCGCAAGUAGCUGCCACCGCACAUCCAGCAUCCCGUGCAUCCCAUGGCCCAGCAUCCCAGAUCCUGCAGCCCUGCGUCUCAGACCUUGCAGUUGUGUGUCCUGCAUCCCACAGAUGCACAUCCUGGAUCCCAUGGCUGUGCAUUCUACAUCCUGCUGCCACAUAUCCCGGACCCUGUGGCCUUGCAUCCUGCAGCUGAGCAUCCCAGAUCUCCCGGAUCCUGUGGCCAUGUGUCUGCAGGCCAGCAUCCUGUGGCCACAUAUCCUGGGUCUUAUGGAUGUGCAUCCCAGAUCCUGCAGCCGUGGAUCCUGCAGCUGAGGAUCCUUCAUCCCACUGUCCUACAUCCUGCAUCCAUUCAUCCCACCACCAGCAGCAGCAAGUGGGAGCCCCAUGACAGCCCACCCCCCACCCUGGAUGCAGGGUAAUGGGGUGGGAAGGGGGAGUGGGGGGAUGGGGAUGGUGGGUUCUGGUCAGAUAAUUUCACGUGAGGAUCUCUACGGGGUACCCUCACAUUUAAGUUAUUUUUUAUUUAUUGGAAGAAGGGAUGGAGGAAGAGGUGUCUGGGGGUAACCCUUGGGAUCCUGGCUCCCCCCAUGACCCCUCACAGCUAGAAGGAGGAGGCUCUGAGCAAAGUCGUGUCUCAACCCAAGUGCCUUCAUGAUGGGAUGGGAUGGGAUGGCUUAGCCAGCCCCCAUAGACAACACUAGACACAGCUCAGGGUCAGCAUCCCCAACUCUAAGGAUCUUGUCCCCACCCUGAAGGUCCCAUCCCCACUGUAAGGGUUCCUGUCUCCACCCCAGGGCACCUGUUCCCCUAAGAGUCCCUGUCCCAACUUGGAUGUCCCAUUCCCACCCUGGAAGAUCACUAUCCCCACCCAGGGGGUGCCUGUCACCAUCCCUGGGGGUCCCAUCCCCUUGCUGUAAGUCCCUGUUCCAAUUCCAGAGGAUCCUGUCCCCACCCUGGACAUCAUAUCUGCACACAAGGGGUUCUACCCCACCCUGAUGAUCCCCAUCCCUGCCCUGGAUGUGCUGUCCCCACCCCUGGGGGUCCCUGUCCCUAUCUCCAGGGGUUCCAUCUCCACCCCAGGUGUCCCUGUAUCCACCAGAGGAGUCCAUGUCACCAUUCCUGGGGAUCUCAUCCCCACCGUAGGGGUCCUUGUCCCUUCCCUAGGGGUGCCUGUCCCCCAUUCCUGGGGAUUGUUUUCGCACCAUGGUGGUCCCUGUCCCCACCCUGAGGGUGUUGUCCCCACCCUGGGGGUGCUGCCCCCAUCCCCAGGGGUCCCACCCCACCCUGGGGGUCCGUCCCACCCAGAGGUUCUGUCCCCAGGGGUCCUAUCUUCCCCAUACUGGGGAUUCCGUCCCCACCCCCAGGGUUCCUGUCCCCACCAUGGGGGUCCCCAUCCCCACUCUGGGAGUCCCUUUCCCAGCCUGGGAAUGCUGUCACAGCAGAGCCAGACCAGUGCCUUCCCCCAGAGCCCACCCCACACCACCAGUGCCUCCGGGGCAUCCCCCCCACUCCCACUCCCACCCAGUUUGCCCCUCAGGUACUUGCUGGGUCUGUCCCCCCUCCCCGAGGAUUUGUGUUGCCCUUGGGGACAGUGGGGCUGGCAGCCAGGUCUCCUUGUGGGUGCUCAGCCCCCAGCCUUGCCAAGUGUCCUUCCAGGAGGGUCCCCAGGAUGGGGAUCCCCAGGACAGGGGUCCUCCCACUGUGCCUUCCCCACUGGGAUGCCCCCUCCAGGCUCUCCCUGUCCCCAGGGGGGAUGGGGGUGAUGCCGCCCCCAGACCUCCCAACCCCCCACUCCGGCUGAGAUGAAGGAUGGGCCAGGCACCCCUGGCAUCCCCCAACACCCCCCCUCUGUUACUGGGGGGUUUGGUGUGAACUUCCCCCCACUAAACUCCCAGCUCCUGUGUUUGGAGGUGUUUGGUAAACCUGGAGUGAUUUUUGUCAUGUUCAUGUGGUGGAGCUCUCAGUGUGGCAAGCCAGGGAAGGGCCUGGGGAGGGGGGCAAGGUGGGGAACCAGGGGGAAGAACUGGGUCCCAGCAUAACCUGUGACCUCUAAAAGCUGGCUGUACUGGUCCCAGCAAGGUGGGGACCAGGUCCCUUCUCCCUUUCUUGCCCAUCUUGGGUACCUCAGACCACUCUCCCAAUAGCCUGGCAUGCUCCUUGUCACCAUCCCAAUGCCCUGAGACCUUCUUCAUCAUCACCUCCCAAAGGGCCCCUAGAGGCCGGGGGGCUGUGUGGGGCACCCCUCUCCUCACCCCACUUGAGGGGGCUUCCCCUGGGGUGCCCCCUCAGCUUCCUGCAGCUUCUCGGGGUCUUUAAAUCAAAAUAAUCCCUAAGGUGCUGGGGGUCUGUGGCAUCACCUGAAGGGUUCUGGUGGGGUUCAGAAGGUUCAGGGGUGGGGAUUAUGCAUCACCCCCAACCCCCUGCUGCAAGGGGGGGCGAGGUGCAGCAAGGCCGGGGGCCAGCAGCAGCGUCAAUAAAUUAAGUUUAAUUUGGA